AUGUCUGGCAGUAACAGUGUCAAAUACAUACAGAAUAUUCUUGUUGGGCCGCAAGAGGAUAAACCGGGGAUCAUCACAUUGGGCUUACAUGAGCACACCAAAUCUAAAACACUUGAUCAACCACUCUUCGCUCCGGUUGCACGACUUGAUCAACCACCAGGUUAUGUUAAAGUUGGACAAGAAGAAAAGGUGUACAAGUUAAAGAAGGCUUUAUAUGGGUUAAAACAAGCCCCAAGGGCUUGGUACAGUCACAUUGAAGCCUAUUUCUUGAAGAAUGGAUUUCACAAAUGUCCUUAUGAGUAUACACUCUUCGUGCGAUUUGAAGGAAGAGGUAAGAUGCUUAUAGUUUGCUUGUAUGUGGAUGAUUUAAUUUAUACCAGUAAUGAUGAAGUGAUGAUUGAGGAAUUUAAGAAAUCCAUGAUGUCUGAAUUUGAGAUGUCUGAUCUUGGUUUGAUGCACUAUUUCCUUGGCAUUGAGGUUGAGCAAUCCUCAAGUGGUAUUUUUAUCUCUCAAAAGAAGUACACAAGAGAAAUUUUAAAGAGAUUUCAGAUGGACAGAUGCAGUCCGGUGAGAACACCAGCAGAAACAAGUCUAAAGCUUGUUAAGAAUACUGAAGGAAAAGGAGUUGAUGAUAUUCUUUACAAGCAACUUGUUGGAAGCCUCAUGUACCUAACUGCUACAAGACGAGACAUUAUGCUUGCUGUAAGCCUCAUUAGCAGAUUCAUGGAAAAUCCAAAAAGGAUGCAUCUCAUGGCAACAAAGCGCAUUUUGCGGUACUUACAAGGAACAAAAGAAUAUGGGAUAUUUUACAAGAAAGGAGAGAAAUCAGAUUUGAUUGGAUUCACGGAUAGUGAUUAUACGGGAGAUCAAGAUGAUAGGAAAAGCACAUAUAGUUAUGUCUUUAUGUUUGGUUCCGGAGCUGUUUCAUGGUCAUCAAGGAAGCAACCUAUUGUCACACUUUCAACUACUGAAGCAGAGUUUGUAUUGCGUGAACUGACAAAGGGGAAAAGUGAAGAUCAAGUGGCUGAUUUGUUCACAAAACCACUUAAAUUAGCUGCAUUCCAAAAACUUAGAGUAUUGCUUGGAGUAUGCACAUUGGAAGCAACCGUGCAAGGGAAUGUGUUUUAG